UCCGGUGGUAGUAAUGGAAGAUCACACCGAAGCUGUGGUUUAUGUACGGUCAUUAAGUAAACGAAAUUUUGUGUACGCAUUUAUAAAGGAGACGACUUUAGAUCGCACCGUCUGGAACACCACUUGA